GCCUGUGUGAAUCAAAUAGAUCCACUCUAGCAGCUAGCUCUAUCUGUAAGGACAAGCCUCCCUGACAGACCAGCUGGUCACAGAUUCAGUCGACCGGAGUGAAGUAAACUCUUCACCACUAGAUUUCAGUAGCAGUCGUGAGUCGGACAGCGAGGGGGUAGGGCCGCCAAAAAUGUGUCAGUGAUAAGAGAAUACUUUGGAGUUCGGAGGUGUUGCUGGACGUGUUGGUCAUCGCAUGUGUCGCUUCUGUCGUUCAUUGACAUCGUGUGGUCCUUUUGACUGACUUUCGUUCCUCCAAGUAUCGUUUUAACUUACUGUUUUACCAUGGCUGCCUUCAGCUGAUAGUCUAGACUUCUCACCGGUUACAAGGCAGCGUGCCGCUGGGAAUGUAGGUGAACGGUCACCGCGGCAAGUGAAGUGCGUGGAGGCUAGAUUAAACAACACUUUUCUCCCUUGACGAGUAUCCCGAAAAUCCAGUGCAAUGUCUUUGGUGUUCACGCGACCGAACAGCAACGCUAUUGGGAAGAAGGACAAGCGAUUGAUGGCCGAGGUGAACGCGUCGCCCCUCAAGCACUUUGUGACGGCCAAGAAGAAGAUCAAUGGCAUCUUCGAGCAGCUGGGGGCCUACAUCAAGGAGAGCUCCGCCUUCCUGGAGGAGACGUAUAAGAAUGAGGAGCUGGACCCGGUGACCACCGAGGAGCAGGUGGCGGAGGCGCGCGGCUACCUGUCCAAGGUGGCCGGCAUCGGGGAGGUGCUCGCUCGCAGGCACAUGAAGGUCACCUUCUUUGGCAGGACGAGUAACGGCAAGAGCUCGGUGAUCAACGCCAUGCUGCAUGACAAGGUGCUGCCGUCGGGCAUCGGCCAUACCACCAACUGCUUCCUGCGGGUAGAGGGCACCGACGGCAACGAGUCCUUCCUGCUCACCGAGGGCUCGGAGGAGAAGAAGAGUGUCAAGACGGUGAACCAGCUGGCCCAUGCUCUGCACCAGGACGAGGAUCUGGACGCGGGGAGUCUGGUGUGCGUCAUGUGGCCCAAAGCCAAGUGUGCCCUGCUCAGAGACGACCUGGUGCUUGUGGACAGCCCUGGCAUUGACGUCACCACGGAGCUGGACAGCUGGAUCGACAAGUUCUGCCUGGACGCCGACGUCUUUGUACUGGUGGCCAACUCUGAAUCCACGCUCAUGCAGACCGAGAAGUCAUUUUUCCACAAGGUGAACGAGCGGCUGUCCACCCCCAACAUCUUCAUCCUCAACAACCGCUGGGACGCCUCCGCCAAUGAACCAGAGUACAUGGAGGAGGUGAGGAGGCAGCACAUGGAGCGCUGCACCAGCUUCCUGGUGGAGGAGCUGAAGGUGGUGGAGAGGGCCCAGGCCAGCGACCGCAUCUUCUUCGUCUCCGCCAAGGAGGUGCUGCAGGCCCGCGUGCAGAAGGCCCAGGGCAUGCCGGAAGCAGGUGGCGCUCUGGCGGAAGGCUUCCAGGCUCGCAUGUUUGAGUUCCAGAACUUUGAGAGGCGAUUUGAGGAGUGCAUCUCUCAGUCGGCGGUGAAGACCAAGUUUGAGCAGCACACGGUGCGAGCCAAGCAGAUCUCAGAGGCCCUCAGACUCAUCAUGGACUCUGUACAUGUGGCCGCUCAGGAACAGAGGAUCCACUGUCUGGAGACGAAGGAGGAGAGGGAAGACCGGCUGGAGUUCAUCGACAAGCAACUGGACCUCCUCACACAGGACUGCAAGACCAAGAUCAAGAAGAUUACUGACGAGGUGGAGAAACAGGUAUCGAACGCCAUGGCGGAGGAGAUCCGGCGGCUCUUUGUGCUGGUCGAUGAGUUCCACAUGGACUUUCAUCCCUCUCCUGUGGUCCUGAAGGUCUACAAGAACGAGCUCCACCGGCACAUAGAGGAGGGUCUGGGCAGGAAUAUGUCGGAGAGAUGCACCACUGCCAUCACCAGCGCACUGCAGAACACACAGACCGAGAUGAUCGACGGCCUGAAGCCUCUGCUGCCGCUGCAGGUGCGUGAGCAGGUGGAGCGCUUCGCCCCGCGCCAGUGCUUCUCGCUCUGCUACGACCUCAACUGCGACAAGCUGUGCGGAGACUUCCAGGAGGACAUCGGCUUCCACUUCUCUCUGGGCUGGACCAUGCUGGUCAACCGCUUCCUGGGCCCCAAGAACACACGCCGGGCACUCAUGGGAUACAACGACCAGGUGCCGCGGGCGUUGGCCAUCACCCCGGUGAGCACCAGCAUGCCCCCCUUCCCCCAGGGCUCCGUCACCCAGGAGGAACUCAUGGUCUCCAUGGUAACAGGCCUGGCAUCCCUCACCUCGCGCACCUCCAUGGGCAUCAUCGUAGUGGGAGGAGUGAUCUGGAAGGCGGUGGGCUGGCGUCUCAUUGCCCUCUCGGUGGGCCUGUAUGGUCUGAUGUACGUGUACGAGCGGCUGACGUGGACCACCAAGGCCAAGGAGCGCGCCUUCAAGAGGCAGUUUGUGGACUACGCCAGCGAGAAGCUGCAGCUCAUCGUCAGCUACACCGGCUCCAACUGCAGCCACCAGGUCCAACAGGAGCUGGCGAGCACCUUUGCGCAGCUGUGUCAGCAGGUAGACGUGACGCGCCAGAACCUGGAGGAGGAGAUCCAGGACAUGAACAACAAGAUCGAGCAGCUGGACACCCUGCAGAGCAAAGCCAAACUGCUACGGAAUAAAGCGGGCUGGCUGGACAGCGAGCUGAACAUGUUUACCCAGCAGUACCUGCAGCAAGGCCGAUAAGACUUCACUAGCGCCAGAACAACAGAUAUAUGAAGAAGGAGGAGGAGGAGAGAAGAAGAAAAAGAAGAAGAAGAAGAGGAGGAGGAGGAGUGUGCAGGAGAGAUGUCAGGCUGAAUAGUUUCAGACUCUCCUCCAGCCUGCUCACCACCCUUAACUCUCCCCCUCUCUCUCUCUCCAUUUUACUCUCUCUCACACACACACAAACACACUCUCACACACUAUCCAUCCUCUCCUCACCCUUCCCACAUCUCUCCCUGCCUACCUGCCUGUUGACUGAGCUGGCUGCCCAUGUCUCCUGUAUUCCCCCUGGGCUCCACAGGACUCAGGAGUGGCCUCCUCUGGCUGCACCCUUACAAUCCUCCUCCCUCUUGCCUUGGAGGAUGCCUGUCUCUCUUCUCCUCUCCCAUCACUUUGCCUGUCCUUACGCGUGCCGUUACCUUUCCUGACAGAAGAAGAAAAAGAAGAAGAGGAAGAGGAAGACAAGAAAAACAAGAACAAGAUUAAGACACAGUAGACAAAUAAUGGGGUUCUAUGCACCUUCGGUGCUCGGGCCCUAAUGCUAAUGGUUUUAGCCUCUGUCAGUCUGGGCAAAGGGAGGAUUAUGAAGGGAGUGCGCCCCCUGGUGUCUGGGCUAUAUACACCUCUAUGUUGUCCAUGUGACUUUGCGUUGCCAUGUUCUGCGGGGCUUUUUUCUUUUUUUCUCUGCUACGUGUGUGGGUUUUGUUUUCUUUUUAGGACACAGAAUUCCAUAGUAUACGAAAGACCUGUAACAAUGACUAUUAUAUUAGUAAUUUAUUCUAUUGUUAUUGUAUGGUAUCACUGUCUGUGCGUGUGCGUGUGUGAGUGAAAGGCUCGCUGAAAUCAGUAGGCUCAAGUCUGACAAGAGGUCACUGGGUUUGCGAGUGACAGGAAGUGUGUCUUGCUCCUCCCCCCAACCCAAUCAGAUGAAGGUUCUCUACACAUCCCGCCCCCUUGAAGUUUUCUGGCCUCUUCCAGCAUAUUCAUUUAUGUAUAAUCAAGUUGGCCGCCAAUACUAUUCCGCUCAUGGGCCAGUUUGUAUCUUCGGUGCGCUGGGCUCCAGGGGUUUAGACGGGUGAGGUAGCAAGGCACCUGCAAUCGUCACAGGUGACAGGUACGGUUUAAGCUUUCGUGUGGUGUGCACUGGUAUGUGUGUAGAGCUAGGCAAGUAGGGUAGCUGCAUCGAUGGCAAGGAAGGUAGCCAAUGGUGAAUGGCCUGUUUUGAGGUUUUGUUGCAUUGUUUUGUUUUUAUCUGUCUGUUAUUCGUUUGCUGGCGGGCCCAUCCUAAGUGUAUGCCAGCGCUGUGCACAGGUUGGUUGCCUUGGUGUUCAGAGCAUCAUAUCCCCCCCCCCCCCCCCACUACUGUACAUGUCCGCACACAAUCAGCUCUGCUUAAUGUGCGUGUGCGUGUGUGUGUGUGUGUGUGUGUGUGUUAGGAGAGCGAAUGGGUUGCUGUAAAGGAGAGUGGGGUUGGGUCCUGCGCGGAGAUGGCAGGGUCAAGGGUCAUGUUUGGGCCUUUUCUGGGUCUGGUGGUGAGGCUUUGCUGAUUCCAGUUUGAGGGCAGGGGUGCAUUUCUGGAACGCGUAGUUGUUAGCAGUUAGCAACUUGGUUAGUUGCCAAUGGGAAAUUGCAUUGCAACCAACAAAGUAGCUAAUCGAGAGCUUUCGAGAAAUGCACCCCUGGAUGGAACUCAGACAUGCACUUAGGGUAAAGCCAUUAGAGACGUGGUCCACUGAUGGGAGGAGGAGAACGAGAGGAGGAGAGGGGGAUAGACUUGUGAUUUGAGAGACAAUUAAACAUUUCCAUCCUCUAACGCAGUAGACAUCCCAUGCAGUCCUGUCCAGCCAUAGCGUUGCCUUUCUUUAUGGAAAUGUUUGUUUAUUUUUCUUUAUUUUUCCUUCAGUGAACUAAAAGCCAGGAAGCGCAUAAAUACUGCCACUGAUUUGGUUUGAAAUUAGUUUUUCCCCCUCAAAAUGUGUCAUUUUGUUUAUUGUUUAUUUGCUUUAUGCCACAGUCAUACUUGGGGAGUAUUGGAAUCAGAGUGGGUAAAACGGAUGCAUGUAAAAUAGUACAGCUGUGUAAGGAGACUGAUAUGAAAUGAGUAGUUUGGUGAUGCUUACUACAACACCUGUGGAUGGAAGUUGAAUCAGGAUUAGAUAGAGUGGUGUGUGCGACUGUGUGUGUGUGUGUGUGCGACUGCGUGUGUGUGUGCGACUGCGUGUGUGUGUGCGACUGCGUGUGUGUGUGCGACUGCGUGUGUGUGUGCGACUGCGUGUGUGUGUGCGACUGCGUGUGUGUGUGCGACUGCGUGCGUGUGCGUGUGCGUGCGUGCUUUAGUGUGCCUGUCCUGCUGGUGUGUGCCAACAUGUUGAGAGCGUCAUCUGAAGAGGUCUUCAGAGGAGAAGAUAUUAUGUGCACUUUAUUUCUCUUUAUAUUAUUUUGAGCUGCUUUAAAACACUCUUUCAUUCGCCUCAAUUUGUGCAUGUGUGUAUUAUUAUUUUUUAAUGGGAAGAAAGAGGCGUGAAAAGAUCUAGCACUCUACUGAUCUAGUAGGAUGUAAUGUUGAAUAGGCAUGCUUUCCCCUUGUCAUAUAAAUAAAUGCAUUGUAACAUCGUGAAUGUCCAUAAAACUGAAAAAUAAUAAAAGAACUAAGUUAAGAAAUUA